CCGUGGUCACCACGAGAUCGGUUCGCCGCUGUUCCUGCUGCAGCAAGUAGAGCGGCGUCGAAGCAGACAGGGACGAUUCAACAACACCUCCAUCUUCACACAUUCUACAAUACGAUGAAACUAUCAACAAUAUUACCUUUCCUCUUUGACCGCAUCAUUUGCGUCAUACUGCUGGUGAUGGGCCUUACCACUCCCGGACAAGCAGAAAUCACCAGUUUGGACUCAGCCAACAUUGACGACGUCUUAAAUAAUGCUGGCGUUUCCUUAGUUAACUUUUAUGCUGACUGGUGCAGAUUUAGUCAGAUGCUCCAUCCCAUCUUUGAGGAGGCGUCUAAUAUCAUGCGGGAGGAGUUCCCUGACACCAAGCAGGUGGUGUUUGCACGAGUUGACUGCGACCAGCAUUCCGACAUAGCGCAGCGCUACCGCAUCAGUAAGUACCCCACGCUGAAGCUGUUUCGCAACGGCAUGAUGAUGAAGCGGGAGUACAGGGGUCAGAGGUCAGUGGUGGCCAUCGCCGACUUCAUCCGCCAGCAGCAGGUUGACCCCGUGAAAGAGAUCCACUCCCUGGAGGAGCUGAAGACUGCGGAUAGGAGCAAAAGGAACAUUAUUGGAUACUUUGAGAAGAAAGACUCUGACAACUACCACACCUUUGAAAAAGUCUCCAACAUCCUCCGAGAUGACUGCGUCUUUAUGGCUGCUUUCGGAUCGGUGUCCGAGUCGGAGCGCUUCAGUGGGGACAACGUCAUCUACAAACCGGUUGGGGAGAGCAUCCCCGAUAUGGUUUACCUCGGCUCCCUCACCAACUUUGACCUGACCUACGCUUGGGCUCAGGACAAGUGUGUGCCUCUGGUCAGGGAGAUCACCUUUGAAAACGGGGAGGAGCUCACCGAAGAGGGCAUCCCUUUCCUUAUCCUGUUCCAUCUCAAAGAAGACAAUGAGAGCUUAGAGAAGUUCCAGCAAGAAGUAGCUCGUCAGCUCAUCAGCGAGAAAGGUUCCAUCAACUUCCUGCACGCGGACUGCGACAAGUUCCGCCAUCCUCUCCUCCAUAUCCAGAAGACUCCUGCCGACUGUCCCGUUAUCGCUAUUGACUCGUUCAGGCACAUGUAUGUGUUCCCGGACUAUAAAGACCUCAAUAUUCCUGGCAAGCUGAAACAGUUCGUGUUGGACCUUCACUCCGGAAAACUACACAGAGAGUUCCACCACGGUCCAGAUCCCACGGACACCACGCCCGGACAGGAGGAGAUCGGGGGCGACGGGGCCAGCAAACCCCCGCAGAGCUCCUUCCAAAAGCUGGCGCCCAGCGAGACUCGCUACACCAUCCUCGGACGGGACCGCGAUGAGCUGUGACAUCAGCCGCCUUUCCUACCAGUCACCCUUUUUGACUCAGUGCCACACCUCGGGGGGUGGGGACAUCCGGGGAGGGGAGCUUCGGGUCAGGACACAGGCCAGCGGGACAGAAGAGCAACACCCAACACCCUUACUGAAAGAGAGAUGAAGAAGAACUGGAGAAGCGAAAGGGUGAUAGUGCAACGCCCAUGACACAACCAUGUUGGAAUAGCCUAUAUUUUCUUAACUUGUAACAUUUUAUUUGGAUUCUGGGGAAAGGUGAAGACUUAAGAAGUGCGUGGGUUUAGGGGUAAAAGCAUGAGAAGUAUUUUUGUUUAUUUGGGGUUUUUUUUCAAGCUUGUACAUAUGUUUUUGUUCCUUGGCAUUUGUUGAUCUAAAUUAAAUGCACCGUUAUUUUU